UUUGGAAUAAUGAUUGCCGCUGCUUCCUUUUUUCUAUUCGCAUUGCUGAUUCAUCAAGAAUCGGCUCAGCUUUUGGAUUCGAACUGCGUGAAAGCCCUACCGGAAGAAAACGAACGCGUUCCUUGGCUGGCAUUCAUAAUGACGCCCUCAAAGAACUGCUCGGGAGCGCUUAUAAACAAACAAUUUGUCUUAACCGCUGCGAGGUGCGUGGUUGGUGAAAAGGAUAGUACUGAUAAGGCCCAAGUGUUGUUAUUGAACACACUUCGCUAGAGUUUCAGUUGUGAAAAAGCACUUGGUCCGGAACGAUGACUUACAUUGUAUUUGGUGUUUUGUUCUCAUGUCUGCUGCUUCAUCAGGGAUCGGCCAAGCUUCUGGAUUUAAAUUGUGCCAAAAUAUCCAAUAAUUCGGUAUCAAAAAGUCCAUGGAUGGCAUUGGUUCAACUGCCCGAUAAAAAUUGCAGUGGCAGCCUGAUUCACAAACAAUUUGUCAUAGCAUCAACCAAUUGUGUGUUUAAUCAAAGCGAACUCACUGUGAUUUUGGGAAAGUUCAACGGAAAACUACACAAAAAGCAUUUCGACAUGUAUCCCACCAUGAAAAUUUCUGUCCAAAACGUCUUCAUUCACAAUAAAUUUGACAGAGACAACUAUAAAAAUGAUUUAGCUCUGCUCCAACUAGAACAACCUGUGCCCUAUAAAGAAAACAUACGGCCCAUAUGCAUUUGGUUAAACAGAAACGAAAUUCAAAACGAAAAAAAAGUUAUAAAAACAACACUUUGGGACGUAACUAAGAAAAUGGUGUUGCCAAUUCCACAAACCAGAAACUUAGCUCUCUUUUCACCAAUCGAGUGUAAGCAUGUCUUGGACGUUGCUCCCAAUGAAUCGCAUAUUUGUGCUGGCUACAAGUGUAAUGCCUCGUGCGUGGAAGCGGGAAGUCCUUUGAUUCAAAAGAUAAACAUUUGGAAUACAAGUGUUAACACACUUAUAGGAAUUCAGAGUUAUGGCGUUUCGGGAACGUGUCUAUAUAGCAGAAUUUCAAGCUAUAUUGAUUGGAUAGUUGGGAUCGUGAUGGAAAUAGAUGUUAUAGUUUCGAAUUGAGAAACAUAAUUUAAAGAAUAAUACAUUUUUUAAAUAAA